AUGUUGGCCGGCAACAAGUGCUCCUGGUGCGAUGCGUCGGCCGUACCCAGCGCCUGCUACACCAAAGAAAACGCGGCCAAGCUGCCCUCCGCCGUGUUCACCUGCUCCGCCCGCCGCGCCUCCGAACUGCUGCCCCGAGUGGAGGGACUGGGGGGGGAGAGGGAGGGUAUGAUCAGGCCGAGAAGCUGGGAGAGCUCCCACGAGCAGCUGGGCGACGCGGAGAUGCCCUCGGACUUCACGUGGUGCAACAAGGAUGGCAAGAGCUACUGCACCAUGUCCCGCAACCAGCACAUCCCCCAGUACUGCGGCAGUUGCUGGGCACACGGAGCCAUUUCAGCUCUGGGCGACCGCAUCAAGAUCGCCCGAAAGGGCGCGGGUGUGGACAUUAACCUGGCAGUGCAGCACCUGCUGAACUGCGGAAGCGUUGGCACCUGCAAGGGCGGGUCUGUGGACGGGCCCUACCAGUGGCUCAAGGUCUGGGGGCUUUGGCUUUGUCGCCGGCGAGGGCAGAGGGCUCAUGGUGAAUGA